CUCGCUCUUGUCUGCUGUGCUGUUCACGUUCAGUUACUACACACUGUUGACACGAAAGUAUGCAUCUCCCUGUAGAGCAGGUUGGUAAAGCAGGUUGGUCUAAGUAAGAAGCUUUUUGUUUAUCGUGAGAACUCUGCGCAGAAGAGCGGACUUUCUUUCCCUCCGCAGUUUCUUUGCGACCGCACUCAUGCGUGCCCUGGAGAGGUAGGAGCUGACAAGAGUUGUACGCCAAGCCGGGAUGAGUGGCAGCUGCGCGGCGUCCGGCGCGGCGCUUUGCCGCUUCGCUCAUUACUUUGUUGUUUGCGGGAUAGACAUAGAAACUGGACUGGAGCCGGAUCAGUUAACAGCUUUGUACCAUUGGCUAGAGGCAAACCGCCAAGGCAGGGAACCAGACACUACAUCCAGAGGUGAACAUUUUGACCAAAGUCCCCUGAAGAGAACAUUCAAGUCCAAAGUUUUGGCUCAUUACCCCGAGAAUGUGGAGGCAAACCCCUUCGACCAGGAUGCUGUCAACAUGUUGUGUAUGCCUAAAGGACUGUCCUUCCGGACACAGGCUAGUCAGCGUGAUCCUCAGUUUCACUCUUUUAUCAUCACUAAGGAGGACGGCUCUCGAACUUAUGGCUUUGUCCACUCCUUCUAUGAGGAGGUGACCAGCCCGCAGAUCUGCUCUGCCAUGCAUACCCUAUACCAGUUGCACAAUGCAAGGCAUACCUCAUCCAACCCUCCUCCAUCUUCCUCCUCCUCUUCCUCCUCUAGCAUGGACUCUCUGGCCAGCAGUUUAGAUGAGGUUGACCCCCCCAUUUCCUCAUCUGCCUCAUCUUCAUCUCAUGCUACGAUUGGCUACGACUCAUCGCGAGAUACCCUCUACGUAUCCAAAGCUUUGUGUCUGAUCAGCCCCAUGCCAUUCAUGCAUGCUUGUCGCCACUUCCUGUCGCAGCUUCACAGGGCCAUCACAGCAGCCACUACCCCUCCACUACCGCUGGAGAGCUAUAUUCACAACAUUCUGUUUGAGGUACCACUGCCCGCCCCGGGACGCACACUCAAGUUCUAUGGUGUUUAUGAGCCGAUCGUCUGUCAGAGGCCUGGAUUACUGGAGCUACCAUUGGCUGACUUCCCCCUCACAGAAACCUUCAGUCUGCUGGGACUGGAAAACCUUGUCCAGGUGUUCACCUGCACCCUGCUGGAGAUGCAGAUCCUCCUCUACUCACAGGACUACCAACGGUUGAUGACGGUGGCAGAAGGCAUCACCACUCUGCUGUUUCCCUUCCAGUGGCAGCACGUCUAUGUUCCCAUCCUGCCCGCCUCUCUCCUCCACUUCCUGGAUGCUCCUGUUCCCUACUUAAUGGGCCUGCAGUCAGCAGAGGGCACUGAUCCCUCCAAACUGGAGCUUCCUCAGGAGGCCAACUUAUGUUUUGUGGACAUUGACAACCACUACAUCGAGCUUCCAGAAGACUUCCCCCUCUUCCCCAACAAGACUGAGUUCAUCCAGGAACUCCGCGAGGUCCUGCUGAGCUUUGGCGUUUCUCUGGACACAGGGGCGCCUCCACAAACUUGCAGCAACCCUGGUGACAAUCCAUCCAUGUCAGGCAGGGAACGUACAACUGUCGGCCUUCAGCAGCUGGAGGAUGACGUGCUCAACAGCAACCUGGCAGGGGAGGAACAGAAUAUGCUGGAGCUGUUGCAGGGAAAUGCCACACUGGAGAGAUUGCAGGCAUUGACCAAAUGCACUGGGGUGACAUUGGCCCAUGUGGGCGCUCUUAGGGCGGGUAUCAAAGCUCACGAGACAGACAGACAAGGGGUACGUACUGAAGUUGAAGAGGAGGAACUAAAUAAUGCAAAGCUGAAUGUCCAGCUGAGGGAAGUGUUUGCUAACCGCUUCACCACCAUGUUUGCGGAUUAUGAAGCCUUUGUCAUUCAGAGUGCACCAGACCUGGAGUCCUGGCUCACCAACAGGGAGCAGAUGCACAACUUUGACAAGGCCUCGUUCCUGUCGGACCAGCCUGAGCCAUACCUCCCCUUCCUCUCCCAUUUCAUUGAAACGCAGAUGUUCGCCACCUUCAUUGACAACAAGAUCAUGUCUCAGUGGGAGGAGAAGGAGCCGCUGCUACGAGUCUUUGACGCUCGCAUUGACAAGACCAGACUAUAUAAUGUGCGCACUCCCAGCCUGCGAACCUCCACCUACCAGAGGUGCUCCAUCCUCCACGAGUCUGCUCAGGCCAUUGAGCAGCGGCUAAUGAAGAUUGACCAUAUGGCCAUUCACCCACACCUGCUGGACAUGAAGAUCGGUCAGGGCAAAUAUGAGCAGGGCUUCUUCCCCAAACUCCAGGCUGAUGUCCUAAACUCAGGGCUGACCAACAAGUGGUCUCACAGGACAGCGACAGCUCAGCAAAGGAAAGAGCGCCACAGACAACAAACAAAGCACCUGAACCUGGAGAAGGACCUGAAGGAGCAGGUGGACGGCUGUGUGGUCCUGCAAAACUCCAUGGCAUUUUGGGAGUGGGACAAUGCUUCCCCUAUGCCUAUCAAACUGCCUAAAAAAUCUGCCUCUGCAUCCUGUCUGAAGUACAUGCAGGAGGCUCGCAGCCUGGGGAAAAGCCUGCGACAACCCAAACUCUCUGAUCUGUCACCAGCAGUCAUUGCACAGACCAACUGGAAGUUUGUGGAAGGUCUGCUGAAAGAGUGUCGUAUGAAGACGAAGCGUAUGCUGGUGGAGAAGAUGGGCCGUGAGGCGGUGGAGCUGGGCCAUGGUGAUGCCAACAUCACUGGGCUGGAGGAGAACACUCUGAUAGCCAGCCUGUGUGAUCUGCUGGAGAGGAUCUGGAGCCAUGGGCUGCAGGUCAAACAGGGGAAAUCAGCACUGUGGUCCCACCUUCUGCACUACCAGGCCCGAGAGGAGAAACUGGAACAGCAGCAGACCGAUUCACAAUUGUCACAUGUUCCUGAGAGGAGGAGGUCUGAGUGUUCCACCAUGAUGCCUUCACUCGGUGUGUCUCUUACACAGGACAUGAGGCACAUCCAGAGCAUGUCCAAGAUCAAAACAGACGUGGGCAGAGCAAGAGCCUGGAUCCGCUUGUCCCUGGAGAAGAAGCUGCUCUCUCAGCACUUCAAACAGCUGCUGUCCCGACAAGCCUUAACCAAGAAGCUCUACAAGCGCUACGCCUUCCUGCGAUGUGAGGAGGAGAAGGAGCAGUUCCUCUUUCACCUGCUCUCUCUCAAUGCUGUUGACUACUUUUGCUUCACCAGUGUCUUCACCACCAUCAUGAUCCCGUACCGAGUUGUCAUCAUCCCCAUCAAGAAGCUGAGCAAUGCCAUGACCACCUCUAACCCAUGGGUGUGUGUGUCAGGGGAGCUGAGGGACUCUGGGAUCAUGCAGAUCCCCAAGAAUGUCCUGGAAAUGACAUUUGAUUGUCAGAACAUGGGGAAGCUGACCACAGUGCAGCUGGGUCAUGAUAACGCUGGUCUCCUAGCUAAAUGGUUGGUGGACUGCGUCAUGGUGCGUAAUGAGAUCACUGCACACACAUACAGGUUCCCCUGUGGUCGAUGGCUUGGUAAAGGUGUUGGUGAUGGCAGCCUGGAGAGGGUUCUGAUUGGUGAGCUGCUUGUGCCCUGUGGAGACGAGGACUGUGGGAAAAGCUGCCGUACACCGCCAAUGCAGGGUUCACCUUCACAAACCAGACGCACCAGCAUCACAUCACUUUCUGGACGAGCAUACAAACCAACUUCAGCUCAAAUCCAUGAGGCGAUUGGAGAGGCAAUGAACAACAUUAUCAAACACUUCCACAAACCAGAGAAAGAGAGGGGCAGUCUGACUGUGCUGCUGUGUGGGGAGAACAGCCUAGUCGCAGCUCUGGAACAGUUUUUCCACCAGGGCUUCAAGUCUGCACGCCUUUUCCAGAAGACCGUGUUUUUAUGGGACUUUGUGGAGAAGACUGUUGCCUACAUGGAGUCAGCUGACCAGAUGGGAGAUCUUCAGGAGACUGCUGCACCCCUGGGGAUGAGCUGUCAGUCACUGUGUCACUACAUCAACACCAUCAACUCUGCUCCCAGGAACAUCGGCAAGGAUGGAAAGUUCCAGCUGUUGCUCUGCCUCGGGGUCAGAGACCGUCUGCUGCCCCAGUGGCUCCCCCUGCUGCUGGAUUGCCCAGUAGUCCUGCUGAUGUAUGAGGAGACAGCCCUUCUUAGAGACCGCGUUGCUGUCAUUGGGCUUGUCGCAGUCCUGGAAACUCUUCAUGAUUUCCCCAUUACGCUGGAUUCCUCACUAACCAAAGGUAUUGACCUUUAACCCCAGAAAGGACUGGACAGCUGCACAUUUCCCUCAACUUCCUCACGAUCAAUGACAACUCAGUAAUGCUCUCUGGCUCUUUGCUGCAUUCCAUUUACGUUGGAAUUUGGAACCGGUAGUAACCGAGUUUUCAGCGUCAAAAAAAAAACAUGGACUCAAAUGUAUCUCAGUGUGCAGCACAAACAGCAUAGCAACAUGUCUAUGGUUAAAAAUUAAACAAAAUUUAAAUUGUUUGUGUAAAGUUGAUUUACUGUGAAACAAAUAUGACUGAAAUGCUAUUAAUGCCUGGGCGGUAAAGUAUUGUGUCACUUCCUGUUUCCACUGGGGUCACACUGUAUUUCUACUGCUCUGUACUGUCUCUGCUAUUAUUUAUUUACUGUUACGAUCAAUACACUGAACAAACACACUUGUAAGUCAAUUCAUACUUUCACCCUCUGUUGGCGACACUUUUGCUUAACUCUCUGUCACAUACAUUCACUUACGGUGGUUUUUCUAGCUUAACAUGUUAGCUUAGCAGUGUUAGCUUCUCUCUCUCUCUACCUCCUUUUCCUGCGCUCUCUUGUGUUGUGUGCCACAUGUUUAACUACUUCUCUGCCUCCCCAUAGGAAAAAUGUGUUGCUCAUCUGUUGUUCAAGCUCAUCUCUUGAGAUCAGUUUGAGCUUCUAUUUGUAUUAUUCUGUGAUCAUUUGUUUCUGAGUUACAAGAGAUAAGCUAAAAAGAGACAAGACUUUGACAUUGAGUUGAGAUAAACAUUUGAGCAAUAUUUGAGUUGGAUAAACAGAGGAUAUCUCAUAAUUGUAUCCCCUGAUCUCAAUUAUGUCUUGGUUAUUUUGAAGGAGAAUUAAAGAGAAUUACAUGAGA